AUGCCACCAGCCUUAUCAUUGUUCCCUGCGCACCUCCCGACCCCCUCCCCCGAGCAGACACCGACAACCCCGUCCGAACACGCACCGUCACCGGACGCUGUCGCUAGCGGAAACGCUGCCGCCGUCGGCGGUCACGAUAGUCCCGGCGACACCGGCGACGGGGAUCGUCGCAGGCAAUCCGCGAUCUACACCAGCCUGUUCCAGCGCCACAAGCACCGCCGCAGUAACACCACCGGACAACACGAGCAGCCCGACCCACCAUCGGAUGAGCAAGGUCGUCGCCGCCACAGACCUGGAAGAAGCGGCUUCGGAUCACUCCUUGACGACGACGUCAGCGUCCGAGUCCUUCUCGAGGAAUCCUUCUCCCCAGCGGGGCAUGCCGGCAGCGGCUCCGUCGCCUUUGCUCCCGUCCCUAUCAACGCCCUCUCCGAAACGUUGCGAGAACGCCGGGACAUCCGAAACGGCAAUGCCGGCGGUGGUUUUGCGAGCCACAACUUCGCCGCGAGAAAUCCUUUCAGCGUCACGAUGCCAUCCAUCGGCGGUCGGCACGCCCGCGGUGUCAGCUCUGAGGCAGCCGACGCUAAUCGCCGUGACUGUGGCGGCUGUGGAUUUUCCCGAACUGUAGGACUCGGUGCCGAGGCUAGGGACAAGGGGGGCCCUGACAGAGGGGUCAAAGCGGAUGGUGACGGCGACGACGAGGAGUGGGACCCGUUUUUCGGAGGAAUUUCGACAGCAGGAGCAGAGGGAGUAUCGAACGCCCAGGAAGACCACGACGAUGACUGCGGCCCAGCCCCGCGCCGCGAAGCGUUGGUCCGAGCGAAGAGCAGGCAGCUGCUACAGGCGGGAGGGCGGGCCGGGUGCGACCCACGCGAGGCGUCCAAGCUCAUGAGGAAGGCAUCCUACUUCGUCGACGUGGACGAGGGGGCGCCUCGCCCUCCCUCGGCGGUCCCUGACAAUCUACAGCGCCGGAGGAACAGUGAGCGCCGCGCGUCCGGAAAGUCCUCCGCUGUUCCUGUCUUCUCGUCGUCAGGCAUAUAUCGACGCCUGAGCCGCGUCGCCGGCGUUAGUGACGCACGGCGCAGCAGCGGGGGUGGUGAUCUGUGUGCUGCCGAAGGGCGUCGGCGAUCGAGCAUGUCCGCAGCAGUAACGACAACGACCAACGGGACGGGUCUCGCUUCGAACAAGACAACCGCCACCAUCACCGACGAAAGCAGGCCACAGUUGUCACCGUUGUGCUCGUCGGGCGGAUUUGCCUUCAGCUGCGACGCCAAGGCGCAGCGCGCCGAAAUAGCCAUGAUUCUCGGCAAGCGCAUCGGUCCCAUGCCUAGAACGGCAGCCUCCCUCGCACCGCCAGAUUCAUCGACCCUGCCGCGGUCUGUCCAAGAUGGUGGCGGUGGUGAUGGUGGUGGUGGUGGGCUCGAGGGAGACGACAACAUGUCGGGGAAUCUGCCUCCGCUUCAUCGCCCAUCUUCUAGCGUCGGGGCCGGGCUCAACCUUGGCUCGGGGCUAGCGUCGACGACGCGGCUCUCGCAGUCGUCGCCUGACACGCCCGCCGACAUCGUUGAGGAGGAAGAUGGGGGGAACGACGGCGACAGCGGCGAGGAGGUCGGGGAGAAGAAGGAGGAAGGACAGAGCCGGGGUGAAUGA